AUGAGGGCCACCCUGGCGUUAGGAUUUUUAAUAGUCCUUGUGUUAGUGGAAAGUCGUCGUCUACCUUCUAAAAAUCAUGAACAGCCGAAAGAUAAAUCAGAAAUAAGCGAUCAAGCUCCAGCCGCUUCUGGCGAUAAAAAAGAGGAGCAUAAAGACCAAAGUUUUAAAAAAGGCGGUGGCAAGGAACAUCAUGCUCAUCAUGAUAACGAACAUGAAGAGAAGGGACAUAAAGGUUACAAAGGACACCAUCAUCAUGAAAAGGGAAAGAAAGGUCAUCGCGACGAGGAACAUCACAAAGGUGAGUAUGAUGAUCACGGUGGACAUAAAAAAGAACAUCAUCAUCAGGAUGGCCACUAUGAUGAACAUCACAAAGGCGAAAAAGGCGAAAAAGGUCAUAAAUAUGAAGAAAAAGGACAUUAUAACAAAGGUCAUUCUACUAAAGGCCACCAUGAAAUUCAUAAACUUGAUGAAUUUAAAAAGGAUAAGCAUUUCUUCGAUGAAGAAGGUGAUUCGGGACAUGAAGAGAAACAUGGUGGUUUCCAUGAAGAGCACGGUCACAAGAAAGGUGGUAAGUUUCAUAAAGGUCAUCAUCAUGGUGAUCAUCAUGAGCAUGAACAUGGCGAGAAAGGCCACCAUGAAAAAGGUGGACACCAUCAUGAGCACAAGGGGCACAAAGAAACCGGCGGUCACGACCAGCACUACAAUCACCACCAUGAUCACGGACACAAGGGUGAUCAAGCACAUCACAAGAAAUGGGGUUACAAAAAAGGACACUAA